UGCCGUAAACUGUCGAUAAAAAUCGUUCUUCUUUUGGUUCAACGACAGCUCUUUUGUAGUUAAAUACAUAGAAAUGUUAAGUAAAGUUGUAUGUUUUCUGUUUCUGGCAAGGUAAGAAGUUUUGGUUAAAUAGGUAUUAAACGUGCGAAACGUAGCGGUGUAAUUUGAAGUUUAAAAGACAAUUCGUGGCCUGGUGUUUGUUUCAUGAUAACUCAGUCAACAAACAAGACACGUCCAGUUAACGCAAAUCCAGUUGAUAUGAAAUCCAGUGCACCAGUAUUUACAAGACAGAAUCCUUUCCCAUCUGCAUCAACUGUGAGGAGGGCACACUACCAUCCACCACGCAAGCAAUCCCUGUCAAAGAAAGCAAAGAAAACUGUACAGACUCUGAGUCCUGUUCGUUCCCAUCAGAGCUCCAGUCAACAGCUACGCUCUGCAAACCAGGAAACCCACCAGCUGGAUGACAAUCGUGAGRAUGGUUUUUCUGUCGCUGAUGGACACGUUUUCACAGAUAUCUGGCCCUCCGUCGAUCGUUGUUCCUCUCCUGACAGCAACACCGCCUCUCCCGACACGCUGACGUGUAAACCAUCUCAAUCAGAGACACUUCCCUCAGGAGCUCAGGAAGAAUCCGUGCUGGCAAAAUACGUAGAACGUUUCCGCCRCGGUCGGCCUCGGAGUCGGGAGGAACGCCAACACAUGGCUUCUGCCAGCAGAGAAGAACAGAUGCCGUUUUGGUGGCUGUUGCACUCAUCAGUCCCCAGUUCAACUCCAGCUAAAGCAGCAGACAAAGAUGGGAAUGAUCCUACCAGUUAUAGCCCAGCUGGAAAGCUUCACCAUGACAGAUCCCUCAGUGUUUUGUCUGACUCUUCUCAGGRUGAAUUUGAUGACACAGAAAUACUACACCUUCAAGAAAGAGCCAGCCGUCUUCUGAUCAGGGGAUGUCAUCUCAAACUUGGUUCAUGCUUCAUCCUCCCAAACAACUGUCAUCCCUGCUCUGGCACCUCCAACACGACCAGAGGACGACAUUCUGUUUCAGUGGCGUUUAAGGAGAAAGAUGGAGCAAGCCAGGGAGUUUUCCCAGUCGGUGCAACAUUCCAGUUGUCACGAUUUAGCUUUCAGCUGGCAGAYCCCCAGUUUAAUCCAACCUUCAACCAGCAGACAACCUUCCAAGCAGCAGCAGGGCUCACAGCCUCCUCAGUUCCCACAAAGAGAUGCUCACCCAGAUAUCACAACUCYCCAACCUGAAACCAGAGAGUCCCACAGACCGUCUGACCCAUCUCCAGGUCCUUCACUCUUCCCACCCAUUGUCGUCUCCGGCUCUCCAGUGUCUCAAACCCAGACUCUUGCUCCUGUUCCUGCCCACAGGCAUCUCCUCUGUGAUGUCCUUCCCUGCCCCAUCCAGUCGUCUCACGUUAAAGAGAAGCAAAGCGUUUCAGAAAGGUCAGACCAACCUCAGACUAAAGUGGUCCACAAGAAAACCCAAAUUCCUGAAGACUCGCCUGGCAUCAUYGGCGGAGAACAAACAAACUCCUCAUCACUUGCAGCUUUGGGAACUGUAGAAGCAGAAGUGCAUGGUCAGCAAAAAGUGCCUGAAAAGAACAGGAAGAAGAACUUAGAGUCAGGAAAGAAAACAGCCCCGUCCACCAGGCAGCACAGAAAAUCACCAAGGACUACUUCUCAACAAAAUCCUCCAAAAAAGGUUGCAUCAUUGAAAGAGCAGCAUCAACAGAACCAAAGCCGCAAGUUUCCUACUGAACAUGAAUCACCACCUUCUCCAGUCCACUCUGCUUUAGGACAGGUGGUGUCAGAAGUUUUGUUUCCAGCAUCAGUUUCAUCUCCACCUCAGAAGAUCCCCACCUCCAAAGCUUCUCCUCACAUGGCCUCCUCUUCCUCACAACCUCCACUUCCUUCACACAACUCUCUGGAAGUCAUUUCACAGCUGCUUCAAGAAGCUGAAGAUUCUGAUGAAAAGGAGUUUGAAGAUGAUCCUCUGCUGAAAGUUCUUCGCCAACAAAGAAAAUGGGUCAAAGAUCAGAUYAGUGAAGUGGACGUGAUCCUGAAUGAAUUCCUGAAGGAGUAACAAGUUACUUGAACAUAUGAAGGGCACACUUGUUUUUUAUUAUUUUAUAAAGAAAUAAAAUUUAUUUAUAUCUGA